GCUAGCUGCUCCUGGCUGCGCAGCGCCCGCCAGCUCUGCGGCCCGGCCCCAUGGCCUCCCCCCGGGAGCUCACCCAGAACCCCCUCAAGAAGAUCUGGAUGCCAUAUAGUAACGGGCGGCCAGCACAGCACGCGUGUCCGCGCGGAGUCUGUGUCACUAAUUGCCCCACGCUGAUCGUCAUGGUGGGCCUGCCAGCUAGAGGGAAGACCUAUAUCUCCAAGAAGCUGACACGCUACUUAAACUGGAUUGGUGUCCCAACCCGAGAAUUUAACGUUGGCCAGUAUCGUCGAGACCUGAUGAAGACAUAUAGAUCUUUUGAGUUCUUUCUUCCAGAUAAUGAAGAAGGCUUGAAAAUCAGAAAACAGUGUGCAGAGGCAGCCCUCCGAGAUGUCAGGCAUUUCCUCAGUGAUGAAGAAGGGCAUGUAGCGGUUUUUGAUGCCACAAAUACAACACGAGAACGCAGAGAGACCAUCUUUAAGUUUGGAGAGGAGAAUGGCUACAAGACCUUCUUUGUCGAAUCCAUCUGCGUGGACCCCGAUGUCAUCGCUGCCAACAUCGUGCAAGUGAAGCUUGGCAGUCCCGACUACAUCGACUGCGGGAAUGACGAAGCCACGGAAGACUUCAUGAACCGGAUUGAGUGCUACAAGAACUCCUACGAGACACUGGAUGAAAAUUUCGAUAAGGAUCUCUCCUACAUUAAGAUCAUGGAUGUGGGACGGAGUUACCUGGUAAAUCGAGUGAUGGACCAUAUUCAGAGUCGGAUUGUUUACUACCUCAUGAACAUCCACGUGACCCCUCGAUCCAUCUACCUGUGUCGGCACGGAGAAAGUGAACUGAAUGUCCUAGGAAGGAUCGGUGGGGACCCGGGACUGUCCCUCAGGGGCAAGGAGUUUGCUAAGAACUUGGCCCAGUUCAUCAAUGAUCAGAACAUCAAAGAUCUGAAGGUUUGGACUAGUCAGAUGAAGAGGACCAUCCAGACCGCGGAGGCCCUGGGCGUCCCCUAUGAGCAGUGGAAGGUUCUGAAUGAAAUCGAUGCAGGUGUAUGUGAAGAAAUGACUUAUGAAGAAAUUCAAGAGCAUCACCCUAUGGAAUUUGCCCUUCGGGAUCAAGACAAGUAUCGGUACCGGUACCCAAAGGGAGAGUCUUAUGAAGACCUUGUGCAGAGACUGGAGCCAGUAAUUAUGGAACUUGAGAGGCAGGAGAAUGUCCUGGUGAUCUGUCACCAAGCUGUGAUGCGCUGCCUGCUUGCCUACUUUCUAGACAAGACUGCAGAAGAGCUGCCUUAUCUCAAGUGCCCGCUGCAUACGGUUUUAAAGCUAACGCCAGUUGCCUACGGUUGUAAGCUGGAGUCCAUAUUCCUGAAUGUUGAAGCUGUGAACACACACAGAGAGAGACCAGAGAAUGUAGACGUUUCAAGACCUUCAGUGGAUGCCCUCAUGACGGUCCCUGCUCACCUGUGAACCUGUGUCCUCAUCAGUCAUCAAACUUGUGAAUGUGGACAUUCACCGCUCCCAGGAAGAGGCCCUGAGGACUGUUCCAAAGCAUCUGUAGCCUCGCUUAGAGAGGCUAGGGCCUGGAAGAGGCCUACCCAGCUCCAAUCUACCACAUACUCCCUGCCAUCUGUUCCCCAGCCAGUCCUUAGGUAGGACUGUCUGUACUUUCAGACCAGGUGGUGUUCAAGGGUCCAGCUGCAAGCAUACUUCAAGUACCCCCUGUGGAAGGAUCCUGAGAGAUUCAAACUUGCAACUGUAUAAACCAACCCCUCCUCUUUCUGUGAUAUUUUCAAUGCAUUUCUUACUGUAAAAUACUGCUUGAAAACACGUUUUUGUCAACCUGU